AGCCAUUCUGCGAGGACAGAUCCUAGCACCUAUUCUGAAUGCCCAGCAGCUUCGCGACGAGGCGUUUGGGAAAUUCUGGGUUGCCUUUAGCUGUAUUUCUCUCCUUUUACCCUCCGUCCUUACCUUUUCAAAUGCAGGAAAAUAGAGAAAUAGAGAAUGUCAAAAUCAAUUGGGACUGACCAAUACCCCUAGCAAACCGGGAGGAAGCACAAGAGGCCCAAGAAACAACAGAAACACCUACAGCCUCAAACCAACCUCUAAUAACAACCAAGCCUACAGAAAUCCAAGGCUCCGCAGACCUAAUCCCACCAAUCCUUGCACAGGCAACUGGGCUCGUCUUAGAUGUCGGCCCAGGAACAGGAACCCAAAUGCCUCUUCUCAAAGCACCGGGCAUAAAAGCGAUUUACGGCGCGGAGCCGUGCGUAGGUCUCCAUGCGGAGCUACGAAAACGCGCUUUCGAUGAGGGCUUAGGUGAUAAGUAUACCAUCUUACCAUGCAGUGUUGUGAAGAAGGAGCUGGACAAGGAGUUGGAGAAAGUUGGGCUUUUGGAGGAUUCUUCUGCGGUGGAGAGGAAAGGGGUUUUCGAUACGAUAAUCACAGUCAGGGUUCUGUGUUCCGUGCCGGAGUUUGAGAAGACCGUUGAGGAAUUGUAUACGCUGCUCAAGCCUGGUGGGAAGAUGUUAGUUGUUGAGCAUGUUGUUAAUCCGUGGAGGACGCCGAAGGGGUCGAUUUUGGCGAGGGUGAUGCAGGGUGUUUAUCACUUUCUGGGGUGGAGGUGGGUCAUGGGAGAUUGCUGUUUGAAUCGGGAUACGGAAGGGGUUGUGAAAGGGGUUGCGGAUAGGGAUGGCGGUUGGGAGAGUGCGGAUGUGGAUAGGUGGUUUGAGACGACGUGUAUGGCGUAUAUUGCUGGUGUUUUUGUGAAGAAGGGAGGUUGAUGUCUUUCUAGAUUUGAGGAGUUUGAUUUUAUAUUAAGUACACUCAUUGAGCAGGGUCAUUUAGUCAUGAUAUCUAUGGGAAUAAAAAAUAUGGAACAUAGUAGGUCCUGCCAGCAGAACUAAACCAGGAGAAAUAAAUAUUAAGUUGGUUUUGGCCUUCCUGGCGGCCAGAAGUCGAAUAAGUCUAGCGCUUCUGAUGUCCACGGUCCCUGCUCAUCGUCUUUAUCCACAGAAGGGUUGAGCGGACUCGUUGUGGGCAAAGGUCGAGUAUGGAGACUGUUGAUGGUUGUAGGGUCUGAAUAUGAUUUGCGGAGGCCAGUUGAGCGGGGCCCUGCGAUUUUUUCUAGGAUUUUGGUGUUAUGUUGGCCGGUAGGUAGAUCGGAGCGUGAUAGCGGAAUAGUAUUAUUUGAAUUGUUAAGUUCUGGCGGGAGUUCAGUUGCAGCAGGGU